CGCCCAGUGCUGAGGAUAUCUGGAGUGUACUGAAUAAGGUGACUAUCGUACUCGUACGAAGAGUUAUUGGGUUAAAUUUAUGUGUUUCUGAAACGAUUUAACGAAAUUGUAAACGUUUAUCAUAAAUAUUGUAGAGGUUGAAGAGAUAGGGAAGGAAAGGAAACACUGGUGUACCGAAGUACUGCUCCUUUUGGUGUGACUGUAUCUUUGUAAUUGAAUCAGCGUGGGACUAGAAAGGUCCUGAGCGCAUCAAAUCUAAAAACAUGCAAACCAUCAAGUGUGUAGUUGUUGGUGACGGUGCAGUGGGUAAAACCUGUUUGUUGAUAUCUUACACAACCAACAAGUUUCCAUCAGAAUAUGUACCAACCGUGUUUGAUAACUAUGCAGUAACUGUGAUGAUAGGAGGAGAACCGUACACCCUUGGUUUAUUUGAUACUGCUGGCCAAGAAGAUUAUGAUCGACUGCGUCCUCUCAGCUAUCCACAAACAGAUGUAUUUCUUGUUUGUUUCUCUGUUGUAUCUCCUUCUUCUUUUGAAAAUGUUAAAGAAAAGUGGGUUCCUGAAAUAACACACCACUGUCAGAAGACACCAUUCUUGCUGGUUGGUACACAGAUAGACUUACGUGAUGAUGCUGCAACUAUCGAAAAGCUGGCUAAGAAUAAGCAAAAACCAAUCACAUAUGAACAAGGAGAAAAGCUGGCCAAAGAACUUAAGGCUGUCAAAUAUGUGGAAUGCUCUGCUUUGACACAAAAAGGGCUGAAAAACGUGUUUGAUGAAGCAAUCCUGGCUGCUUUGGAACCUCCAGAGCAGAAGCCAAAACGAAGAUGUAUCUUAUUAUAAGCUCAGUUAUAAACUGAGGUGCUGCAGUGUAACACUCCUCCAGGUAUUGCCUCACCUUUUGGCAGUCAGUGAAGUCUUGUUAAUCAGUACAAUAAAUUGGAAGUUAUUGAAAAACUGUGGUUAGGGACUGGAACUUGUAUGUUCAUUUUCACUGAAUCAAAAACUUACUGUGAAUCACUGUAGCAUGAAUCAGAGUCAGCAGUCUUCUAAAAGUUUGAAUUAAAAUGUGGGUCCAGUAUACCUCCCAAGUGAAGAACUAACAAAGAUUAAUGAAGAUUAAAACGUACGCUUUUUAAAGACCAAUUUUUUUUUUUUUGACAUUAUUACAUGUGUUCUCAAGUAAGCUGUUGUGUUUUUAAAUUUAUUAUAAUUACAGAAUAGGCAAAGUUAUUUGACUCGUAACUGAGGAACUGUUUGCUACAUACAUUUGUUUAUAAGAACCGUAGUAAAAAACUGAUUUAACACUUUGAAAGUAAUGCAAAUACAAUAAAAACUGCUUUUUUUUUCUUUUAUAUAUAUAGAUACAAAUCUGAUUAUGUAAAAGAAAUAUUUAUUCUUAAGUUACAAAAAAAUUACAAGUAACCUUUUUUUAUUCCUCUCAACCAAAUACUGGGAUGUAAUUAUGCAGUACAAAACACAGGUUUGAAGCUUUUAGUACAGUAACAUAAAAAAUUAUACAGUUCAGCUUAGUACAUUUAGUUUUACUGUUGAUCUUACCUUAAACUUUAAAAGUCUUAAUAUCUAAUGUCACUGAAGUUUAUAGUAAAUUUCUCAGUUUUGGUGUAUACUGCACACUUUAAGCAUUCUCAAUACUUGAAUAGAUUUGAAACCAUUAUGGUAUCAAACACAAAAUUACUAGUCUGUGGAAUAAAAAAAUUUCUUCUGGAAUGAAAGUAGAACAGUUUAUAUUCAUGUGAAGUGCUGUUCGCUUUGAAUAAAUUAGUAGACAAACUGUACCGUACUUGGGUUAACAGUUAAAAUUUACUUAGAAAACACGGCCUUUUCACGUUCCACAAUUGUAAUGAUUCCCUUAGCAAGUUGUACCGUCAAGAUCAGAUGAAGUGUGACAGGGUUUUAAAUAGUUACCUGACUUGGAUGCAUGCUACUGUGUUACAUGUCAUAUUAUGUUAAUGUUCUAAAUCUGAUUAAGGGAAGGCAGUAGCUAGUAGUUAGUCUUUUAACUAAGACUUGAAAAAGUACUACAGUACUGCUGAUUUCUUCAGAGUGCAUUCCCUCUAAUUAUUUUUUACAAAUAAAAAAAAAAUUACCAGUGGAUUGUCUUUGGUGGUGAACUAAAUAUUUGCCUUGUAGUAUUGUAGGCCAAGGUAUGCACUCCUGUUAGACAAGUGUCACAUAUUACAUAAUCCUUGAUAAAGUAUGUCACAUCAGUUAGCGUAAGCGCAAAGUAUUUGUAUUUCUGUUGUAUUUCACUCCUCCAACUUCUUUUCUUAUUGAUUAAUGUAUGGUAAUUAAAGUUCUGAUAUUUUGUGUUUUGUACAAAUUUGUUUUGUUAGGAUAUAUGCCUUUUUUUUUUGCUGUUGGAUUAAAAUCUAAAACUACAUUUUAGCAUUGUCAUUUAGUAUUACUAAACCAUUCAGUCAGGAGUAUUUUUUGAAAAAACGUGAAACCUUAGUAUACCUUGUGUACAAAAUAAGGUUUUCUAAUAAAAAAAAAAUAUGGAAGAGAAAUUAAGUGUGUUUCUUACUUAUAUGAAAAAUGUAAUAUGAAGCUCCAUUGAUGAUGUUUGAUACUUAGAAAUUUUUCAAGUGUUGGGAUUUUUGAGUGGCUGACUUUUGCUCGUGAUCUUGAUAUUUUUAAUUAUGUAAAUUAAUAUGGCAUGGAAUUCCCUUCUGAAAUAAUAUUAGAAGAAAAAACAUUUUGUAAUUUUUCUCUUUAAAUCUUUGUUUAUUUCCAUGUGUUCAUUGUAACAUAUGCUUCAAAGCUGAUUCAUAAAGUGUAUUUAACUUUUUUCUUUUAUACAAGUAUUUUUGUUCCAGAAAUCUAGUGUCUGUAUUUCUGCCUGAAAAUUAAAAUGUGUAAACCUCAA